AUGGGAGAUUUUCUUACAAAUCUGCCCGAACAGGUUACGAGAGAGAUAAUUGAAAGGGUCCCGGUUAAUAGCCUUAUCAGGUGCAAGUGUGUUCGUAAAUCAUGGCGCAGUCUGAUAAAUGAGCCUGAGUUUAAGACCUCAUAUUCUCCAAAACCAUGUCUCGCUUUCUCUUAUGAAAACAAGUACAUGGUCUACGAUGACGAGGCACGCAAGCCACUUUUCCGAUUCUCGAUGAACCCUCCACGCACUAUUUUUGCAAAUAGUGUUCCGUAUAGCGUUGUAAUUGAUUCAACUGAUGGUUUGCUUUUAACAAGGGGUGGAUACACUGAUACUCUCUAUGUAUGCAAUCCAUUGACUCGUGAAUAUGUGGAGCUUCCUCCUCUAAAUAAGAACGACCACAACUACGUAUUUGGAUUUGGAGUGAGCAAAAUAAGUGGGCAGUAUAAGGUUUUAUGUUGUGAAGUAUCGUCUGAGUCGUGUAAGUGUUACGUGUACACUCUGGGAGAAGGAGGGUCGUGGAGAACCAUCUCCGCAGCGACACCUGGCAGCCCUAUACUGCGUUGCACUAAUGCUUUAUUUUGUAACGGAAACCUUCACUGGUUGGCAUCUUAUUCUGAUUUUGAGGGAAAACACUUGGUUUGUUGCUUUGAUCUUAAAACCGAGCUCUUUACCAGUUUUUUCCUUCCUCCUCAUGUUGGCAAACAUGGAAAUUGUCAGCUAUGUAUUUUGGAGGGUCGACUGUGCUUAUGCGUUUAUUUAGACGGUCACAGGGUUGUUAUUUGGAAGAUGAAUAAAUAUGGAGAUGGGAAUUCUUGGGUAAAAGAAUAUACCCUCUGCCUACCACCGGAUACCGGUGGACUCAUUUGUCCACUUAAAGUGUUGGACAAUGGUGACUUGUUGUUGGCUUUGAUUUUUGGUUUUCGCCUAUUCAUCUACUCCAAAAACACUAAAGAUGUCAAGACACAUGCUCUUCUUCAUCAAUCUGGCUCUGUUGAGUACAAUAUCGCUGCGUAUACCCCAAGCUUUGUUUCGCUCAAAGCUAUGGGGAUUCACAAUGUUCAAUCACUAAAUUUGUACUCAUAA